GGUAGGAUCACUUAACACAAACGUUCUUGAAUCCUUCGUUUCCAACAUCAUGCUUGUGAUGACUGUUAUACGUGUUACUGACUGCUGUUCCUGUGAUGAACCACUUCCUUUGUCUUUGGUCUUUGUGUAGAAUAUUAGGAUGACAGCCCGCAAAUUAGGAAAUGAACUCUUUCGGCUGGCACCGCUGCUUCACAGGGACAGAUCGCUAUGGCAACACUUUGGUACCCACAGACAAGGAAGCAGCUGUGUGCUGUUCAGUGUGCAGCUCCACGGAGGAGUCUCUCGUUUAUGGGUGGGGCACGGGGCGGGGAGGCCGUCGGUAGGUUACCAUAGGAACGCUGUGAGAUUGUACUCGCAGGAUGGGACAGGGUGGCAGGGUCUGAGUGAACCCAAAGCGCUGUCCCGCAGCUCCGAAGACGCUGCAGACUUGCAGCCCUUGCCAGAAGAGGACAGGAACGCCGUUCCUCCUGGUGGGGUGGGGCAGCGGGUACUGUUCUACAACCAGCUGAAGGCGUGCCAGUCCCCCACGGACGUGCUGGACCUGGUCAGCAAGUACACGCUGAGCUGGAGGAGAGUGAGCAACAGCCUGACCCGCCUGUGGGAGACCGCCAAGAGGAUAUCGGAGGAGCAGAGACGCUACGAGCUGCAGCUGAUGUUCGAGCACCCCGUCUUCGGGCAGCUGUGCCGGCAGGUCAUGCGGGACGCCCCCCGGAUGAGGAACGAUGACGUCGCCUACAGCCUAUUGGCCGUGGUGAAGCUGGGCGUGCCCCAGCGCAGCCGUGUGGUGCAGACUCUCCUGCGCACCAUACAGGAGAAACUGAACGAGUUUGAUGAAAAGUCCCUGUCAGUGCUGGCCACCUGCCUGGAGGACAUGGACAGCUGUAAGAAUGUGGAUGCGCUGAGGGAGGGCCUCAGGCUGCUGGUGGAAGGUCGAAUCCCCGGGAUCCGGAGAGUCAUGACGCUGCAGACUCUGAUGCGCUGCGUUGGGAGAGACGCGCCGACGAGCCUGAAGAGGAAGCUGGAACAAAAGGCCCUGUCCAUGACGGAGCAGUUCACUCUCCCCAACGCCCAGUACAUGCUCGUCUCGCUGGCCGCCAUGAACCAUUCCUCCAAGCCGCUGUUGGACAUCUGUAACAGCAAGAUAGCCGAGAGCGUCCAUUGCAUCCCGUUCACGAGACUGAUUGAUUUGCUGAGAGCCAGCAAGCAGCUGCAGUAUAGGGAUGUCCACCUGCUCUCGGCCGUCGCAGAGUACUUGACGUCCACCUUUGAAAUGUGGAACACCAAGCAGUUGGUCCUCCUCCUCCUGUUGUUUGAGGAGAUGGGUUUCCGUCCAGUGGCUCUGUUGGACAAGGUCUCAGAGAAGAUGAUCCGAGACUCAGACUCCCUCAUGCUAAAAGAUCUCCUUAGCUUUCUGAAGGUCUACUCCAUGCUGAACUACAUUCCCCAGCAGCACACGCCAGAGUUCCUAGAGAGUGUGACUCGGGUGUUGGAAUCCUACCUGCCAAAGAUGGCCCCCACAGAGCUGCUGAGGGGCAUCUUCUCCCUGUGCAUUCUGGGACACAUCCCUCUUGCCCUACUUGAAAGAUUGGUGCAAACAGAGACAGUGCAAGAGCUUCGCACUAAAGAUGGCAAGUUCUCACGGAUGAACCAGCAAAAGCUGCACUAUGUGAACCUCUGUUUGCAUUUGGAUCUUGCAUCUCUGCCCCAAGACCUCACGAUACCACCAGUUACCAUUCCUCCACCCUCCAACAGCAAAUAUGUAAACCAGAGCCUGGUGAAGGCACUCCAGAGCAUUGUGGGAGAAGGUGCAGUGGAGGAAGGGGUGCUGCUGGAGAAUGGCUACUCCAUAGAUUGCUUGGUUACGUUGUCCCUGAAAAAGCCUGACUUGUGCUCUCCAUCCGAAGAGGAGUCUGUUUCUCUGGAGUCCGUCCAAAGGGUGGCAGUGCUGUGUCCUCCAGGGUCCUUCUUUUGUCUGGGGACGCGCCACCCAAGGGGCAUGCUGGCCAUGAAGCUGCGUCACCUGCAGGCUCUGGGAUACUCCCCUGUCCUGGUGCCCGAGCCCGAGUUGGUUGCGCUGUCGGAAGAGGAGAGGGCCAAGGUUCUGACAGACCUGAUCUUCGGAGUGAAAGGGGAGGACGCGUCGGUGAAUUCAGAGCAGGAGAGGACCAGAAGGGAAGAGAGCUAAGAGCAUGAGGUGGGGAACCUCACCGCAUUGGCUGUGCUCCGAGGGGGGCGGGGCACUGCUGUAUUCAGCACAGAGAUCCUGACCUCUCGGUGCUCUCGUACCCUGUUCACCAGGGUCUGAAGUGUGCAGCGCAACGCCAACAGUGUCGUUCAGAUUAAAUCGGAACAAACACGCUUUUCACACAAGUGUUUGGGAUUGUCUGUGUCAUUUUUCUUCAAACAAAGAAGCAGAGGUGGUGUUGUGUAGGACAGGUGUGAAACAGCACUGCUUUGGUGCUCUCUGGGAGAGUGUUUCCAUUCCCCCUCAUUCAUGGGGGAAAUUCACACCCAGCCCACCUGCACCAUUCUCAUCUCAACGACCACCUACAGUGCUGUGUGUCACUAAAAUAGGAUUUUUUUUGAGUAAAGGUCUGUUUGUAAAUGGUGCCAAAGGAAAGCAUGAAGUUUGAUAUGCCGGUCAUUAAUACUUCAGCCUGGUAUGAGCUCUUUGGCCAAUUUCACUGGGGUCAGUUUGUCAAAGUGCUGACCUUUCAGGAAGGUUUGAAAGUUAGCUUUUGCUGUGAUAGCCAAUACAAAGAUGUUUUCUUCAUAUGAGAUAUGCAGGGGUUCUGCCUAAAACAAUCAUUUUGCUAGUGCUUAAAUUGGGGCCCUGGGUGGCAGUGUAGUAUAGUGGUAA